AAUGUCUAGGAGAUAGCUGUUAUGAUUUAAAAAUCAUUGCAGUCGUGAGUCGGUGUUUAAAGAUACAUCAGCAGGUUGAAGAAGUGUUUGUUUAUUGUGUUAAAUUUUGAAGUUAAAUUCGAUUUUAUUUCAUUGCAGUAAGAUGUUACGACUGAUUUUACUGCUCAGCUUGGCAUCAUAUGCUAUUUGCACUGACCCUCCAACUGGAGGAAGUCUAGACGAUUUGAUAAACAAUGUUUUCACGAAAGGCCCUGAUGGAAAUGGGGACAAUCAACCAAUCAACAACGGUGGUAACAUACCCAAUAACAAUGGCGGUAACAUACCCAAUAACAACGGCGGUAACAUACCCAAUAACAACGGUGGUAAUGUUCCAAAUGGAAAUAACGGCGAAACCUUCCCAAAUACUAACGGCGUGAAUCCAUGCAAAGUGGGAGAAUGUGUUCCCUACUAUCAAUGCUCUAAUGGUACACUCAUUACCGACGGCGAAGGACUGUUAGAUAUUAGAUUCGGAGGAGAUGAGGGCACUACAGAAGAACGUCCGUGCAAUGGAUACUUACAGACUUGCUGUUCACAUAAAUCGGACAUACCACUUAUUCCCGAUGUUAAAAUAAAUGACGGCUGUGGCUUCCGAAACCUUGAAGGAGUUGGUUUCCGUAUUAAAGGUGACAAGGACAACGAGGCUCAAUAUGGUGAAUUCCCAUGGACUGUUGCAAUUUUGAAAGAGGAAAGAGCUCUGGACAAAGUACUAAACGUUUACCAAUGUGGUGGCUCUUUGAUUCAUCCAUCAGUCGUACUAACCGCCGCCCAUUGUGUGUCCGGAAAAGAACCAGGUACACUCAAGAUCCGAGCUGGAGAAUGGGAUACACAAACAAAAGACGAAAUCUUCCCGCAUCAGGAUCGACAGGUAUCGGAGUACAUUAUCCACGAACAGUACUACAAAGGUGGACUUUUCAAUGAUGUGGCGUUGUUGUUUUUGGUGAAACCAGUGGAUAUUGCUGAAAAUGUGAACACGAUUUGUCUUCCACCACAAAACACGAACUUUGACUUAACGCGUUGUUUUGCAUCCGGAUGGGGAAAAGACUUGUUCGGUAAAGAAGGCAAAUACCAAGUAAUCUUGAAGCGAGUUGAGCUGCCAGUCGUACCGAGAGAUAAAUGUGUGAGAGAAUUAAGAAAGACCCGACUCGGACCACACUUUGAGCUGAACAACAGUUUCAUCUGUGCCGGUGGAGAGCGUGGAAAGGAUACAUGCAAAGGGGAUGGAGGCUCACCGUUAGUUUGUCCUAUUCCGAAUACCAUUAACCAAUACUAUCAAGCUGGCAUCGUUGCUUGGGGCAUCGGUUGCGGUGAUGCUACUCCAGGUGUUUAUGUCAAUGUUCCUCUGUUCAGAAAUUGGAUCGAAGAGAAAUUGCAGUACAAACGUAUUCCGACCACAUCAUUCAUACCAGGAGCCUAUUAAAUUGUUGAUACUCAAACAGCCAUAAAUUUCUAAAUAAAUGUGACUCGAGGUUUCCGUAGAAA